UUAAGUAAUCUUAGUAAUGUAUCCAGACCAUAGGACGCUGGUAUCGAAGAGAGGAAGCUCCCGUUCUCCGCAUGAACCAUGACAUCAUGGCCUCUUCAUUUCGCAGCCUAUCCGGCUAUCUCCUGAUUGCCUGGUGAAGCCACUCUCGAUACUAUCCAGUCCUUCUCUGCAUCCGGGCACCCUGCGUAUCCACACGGGCAACGCCACUCUUGGUUCCGCGAAUCCCAAGGCGUGCCUGGCUGAGGGACCAAGAUGAGGAGAAGGCAAAGGAAACUCAAUCAGGGCACAUGCAACCGGUUAUCUAUCCUCUUCGUUUCACAUUCCACGUUCCACUUGUAUCCUGUCCUCAUAUAAAUAAAGUAAGGGUAUCCCGUCAGCAGCCGCUCCCUCCUGAUUCCCGUCUCACCACCCACCAUUGAGAUUCUAUCGCCCACCAAACCUACAACACAUCACAAGUAUUACCGCCCAUCAUGCCUCAGACUAUUCCCACAGCCAGUCGUCUCACCGACCUCUUCAGCUUGAAGGGCAAGGUCGUUGUCGUCACCGGAGCUUCCGGCCCCCGAGGCAUGGGAAUUGAAGCUGCGCGUGGUUGCGCCGAGAUGGGCGCCGACCUGGCCAUCACAUAUUCGUCCCGCAAAGAGGGCGCAGAGAAAAACGCUGCAGAGCUGGAAAAAGAGUAUGGCGUCAAGGUCAAGGUGUACAAGAUCAAUGUGAGCGAGUACAAAGACGUUGAAAAGUUCGUCGAUCAAGUGGUUUCCGAUUUUGGCAAGAUUGAUGCCUUCAUCGCCAACGCCGGUGCGACAGCAAACAGCGGAGUUGUCGAUGGCAGUUCUGACGACUGGGAUCAUGUUAUCCAGAUCGAUCUGAGCGGCACUGCGUAUUGCGCAAAGGCCGUCGGCGCUCACUUCAAGAAGCAGGGUCGCGGAUCCUUUGUCAUCACAGCUUCAAUGUCUGGCCACGUCGCAAACUUCCCUCAGGAACAGACCUCAUACAACGUUGCCAAGGCUGGCUGCAUACAUCUGGCGCGCUCUCUGGCCAACGAAUGGCGCGAUUUCGCCCGAGUCAACAGCAUCUCGCCCGGCUAUAUCGAUACCGGCCUAUCCGACUUUAUCGAUCCCAAGACACAAGAGCUAUGGAGGAGCAUGAUCCCAAUGGGACGCAAUGGCGAUGCUAAAGAACUAAAGGGCGCGUAUGUCUAUCUCGUCAGCGAUGCCAGUUCAUAUACGACCGGAGCCGACAUUGUAAUCGACGGAGGAUACACUACCCGAUAGAUAAACAUUCUUCUUUCCUCUGUUGUUCGUUCUAAACUUUCCUG